GUGAACUUGAGAAAUCGAUGGAGUUUACUCAAAAGAAUUGUAUCCUCAUUCUGGAAACGUUGGCAAUUGGAGUAUGUAUCUAGCUUGCAAACCUGAACAACAUUGUACAGAAAACAUAGAAAUGUUAACAUUGGACAUAUGGCUCUCUUAAAGGAAAGUAACCUACUCCCUCUUCACUGGAGGCUUGGUCGAAUAUCGAAGAUAUUCCCUGGACAGGAUGUAAUUGUGAGAGUGGUGGAGGUACAGACUGCAAAAGGAAGUCUAACUAGGGCUGUCAAUAGGGCAUGUCUCCUCCCUAUGGAUGAAGAUUAGGCCUUAUUGAAGGGAACUUCAAUAAGUUUAGUGGUUAGUUUUUUGUUUGUUUCUUAUUUUACAUGUGGGAAAGGUCCCCAAGUUGCUUUGUUUCUUGUUUCUAUCCAUAUUGGUUGUAUAUAGUCAUUAUUUCUUGUCCCAUCCUCUCCUUUCCGUGGGCCUCCUACUCCUUUUUCUAUAAGUCUCCUCAAGGGCCCCUGAGGAGUGAAGAUAUUUUCCUUUUUUUUCCUAGUUUCCCUAGUAGGGUUCGUUAUUGGUAGUUUUUUUUUUUUUUGUUAUUGGGAGUUCUUCCAAGGUGGGCGGAAUGUUUGGACAUUAUAUCUAUGUUGCUCUGUUGUCUGGCGUUGUGUGGUAGAGGGGGCAAUUGAACGGUGAUGAGCAAAGCAUAAUCGCGGCCAGAUGCCGAUUGACAGCCAAUCAAACAGCUCACAUUCGUAAUGUCGAUUUUUGCAAAGUGAUCUAUUGAUUAUUUAUUGUGAUUUAUUACAAGUGUCGUCUUGUCUUGUAUCGUGAUCUGGACCCAGGAUUCUGGAAGCAAGGAGGAUUUGGACAUGAAGGAAUAUGGCGAUGAAUUCAUCCAGGGACAGGAAUUUGUGUGCUCUACUCUGGAAAAAUAGCAGAGGUUCGCCACCCAACAAACUGGAUAAUCAAAGUUGCCACAUAUUCCAUGAGGUCUGUAACGAGAUGUCCAUGGGAAUUCAUGUCAGUUUGAGUUGGAACAUUACCUCGCAUUGUUGUGGACAACUUAUCAAAUAUUUACUAGGAGGUGUCUUCAGUGGAUUGGUGGUGCUAGCCAUCGGCGGUUUGGGCUGUCCCUCAGAUUGGUGGAUGGCAUCCUCCAGCUCCUCUCUGUGUUCGGUGAGAUACGAGUUGGCUCCAACAUGGACAUGCUGAGUAUUGAAGGGGCGGCGUGUGGAGGUGAGGUUGUCGGUACAUCCUGGAGAUCGAUCUGGGUGGACGAAUGCUGCCCCAGAUUAUUGGUGUUGAAGCCCAUGGAGGAUAUGCUGCCGGGCUCGCGACCUCUUGGGGUCUCCACCUCAUCGUCUACUCGAGUGGGAGUGCUGGAAGGAGUGUCAUCAACUGUUGCCGCAUCCGUCUGUGCGCUGGGUCCUGAGGGUAGUGCGACUGGGUAUGAGACAUCCAAAUUUGGGUUGGAGUCUUCCAUGGUGAAGUGAUAAAUUCAUGGAUGAUGGUAGGGAAGUUCGAGCAGCAGUUCGGUAAUAUGUGGGCGGACAAGUGGAUCGGUGCUGAUUUGCUUGAACUGAUCUAAGUGAUGAGAUGUGUGAACAACAAAUAUUUAUCACAAUGAUUAGUGCCACGAGAUGAUUAGAGAAUAAUUCAGUGUACGUUGACCUUCAAUUGUUCGAGGUAAAACACAUAAAACAGUGAGAAAUUAACAAUAAAAAACAACAUAUAAGACAAAACAUAUAACGAUUUCCUGUGAGGUACGAUAUAAAACCUUCUUGUUUUAUAAUUUUCAUGUGGUUUAGUCCACAUACAAAAUUGAUCUGUUC